CUGACAUCAAGACAAGAAUUCACUGACAAGACUAUUGAAUUGCAUGUCAAUAUUAGUAAAUUUGACUGGUCAGCCAGUGAUGACCCUUUCAACUGCAUUGUUGGCAUGGUCGAUGAGAAGUCUUGGGCAGGAGAGUGCAACAAAUGUCUGUCAGAUUUAAAGCGAAAGAAAGAUUCUGUCCAAGUUAUUGCUGCGGAACAAGGUGACACAGCGGGUGAACCUGAUAUUACUCCAGAUGCACCUGAUGAUGUCAACGAGGAUGAUCAAGCACCGAAGUCUGAAAAGCGAAAGGCUACAGAACAACUCCUAGAAGAAUGA